AUUCAUGAAGGAGUAGUCCUCUUUGUAGCCAACCCUUUUCACCACCAUCGCCACCACCCUUUCUUUCAAGGAGUAGUGGUGGCUUAGUCUCUCUCUCUCUCUCUCUCUCUCUCUCUCUCUCUCUCUCUCUGGCCAGAGUUAUAUUUUCUAGUUUUCUCAGAAGACACAUCAACAGUAGUGGAAAUGACUAAAGAUGAUAACUUUAAGCUCCUCAAGAUACAGACGUUCAUCCUCAAAGUGAACAUACACUGCGAUGGAUGUAAGCAGGAGGUGAAGAAGAUUCUUCAAAGGAUCGAAGGAGUCUAUACUGUGAGCAUAGAUGCAGAGCAUCAGAAGGUGACGGUCUCAGGAAAUGUGGACUCCAAGACCCUGCUCAAGAAGCUGGCCAGAUCAGGCAAGCAUGCAGAGCUCUGGACUCAGAAGCCCAACAACCAGAGCCACAAGCCCAACCAGCAGCACCAAGCAGCUGCCCAUUCCCUUAAAGAUGGCACCAAGAACAACAGAGGCAACCCCAACCAGGCCUUCUUUCAAGGCCUCAAAGCCUUCAAGAACCAGCACGACAAGCUUGAUUCCUUCAGCUCCGACGACGACGACUGCGAAGACGACGACGCCGACGCCGACGACGACGACGACGAGGAUGACGUUGACGAGCUUCGGAUCCUUGGUGAGAAGAUGAAUCAGCUCAAUCUACUGAGGCAGGCAAAUAAUGCGGCAACAGCAGCAGCAGCAGCUAAUGCCAAGAAAAAUGGCAUUGCUGGUGGGAAUGGCAACAAUGGAGCAGGAAAGAAAGGUGGUGGAAACCCCAACCAGAAUGCAGGGCGCAAGGGCCCAAAUGGGCCACCAGACCAGAAGGUCUUAAACGCCGCACUCCCCAACAACAAGAUGGGCAAUGCUGCCCACUUGGGUGGCGGCAGUCUUAAUGCAGGGGAAGGCAGGAGGGUGAGCGACAUCAAUGGCCUGAUGGGCGCCAUGGGAGGGCUCCAAGGUCUUGGUGGGAACAAUGGCUUGGGGUUCCACCAAGCCCAGCAGCAGCAGCAGCAGCUAGGGACCACCUUCCCCACAGGCUUCCCAGCGAAUGGUGGUGGUGUUGGGGGGCUUGGUGGGGCUCAUCAGACACCCAUGAUGGGGAACCUGCAAACCUAUCAGAAUCAUCCAUCCGCCAUGGUGAUGAACCCCAGAGGAGGACUCAACAACAGCAGCAUGCUGAUGAACGAAAGCAGGUACAUGCAACCCCAGAUGAUGCACAACAGGGCUCCUCAAAUCCCUCCAUACACUGGCUAUUACUAUCCCUACCAUCCAAGUCCCUAUCUCUACCACCAGCCAGAGACUGGAGACUACGGUGCCCAUCUUUUCAGUGAUGAGAACACCAGUAGUUGUGCUGUCAUGUAAAAGGUUAUAGAUGCACUAGGAUCUGAAGGGUGCGAAGUAUGUGAUAAAAAAGUACUAGGUACUGUUGGUGUUUUUUUUUUUUGGCUUUUUUCCUGUUGUUUAAGGCUUGCUAUAAAUGGUUCGUAUGGUGCUCUAUUUGACGCCGAUGGCAACCUGUGGUAUUUAUUUGAAGCAGGUAUUAAAAGUUUAUAAUCCUAUAUAUCUUUCCUAUGA